AUGGAGCACCACCUGCAGAAGUACAAGUUCUACAAAGAGAAGAACAUGAGCAUCGUUCUUGCCCCCUUCUCUGGUGGUCAGCCGCUCAGUGGGGUAGAGCUCGGUCCUGACUACCUUCUCAAGCAGGGACUGCAGCAAGAUAUGGAGAAGCUUGGGUGGAAUACGACUCUUGAGCGGGUGUUCGACGGCAAGAUCGUCGAGGCCCGCAAGGCGAACGAGAAGAACGACUUAAUCGGUCAUAUCAAGCGCCCGAAGCUGACGUCGGAGUGCACAGAGAAGAUCUACAACUCUGUGCGCAAGGUGGCCGAGCAGGGCCGCUUCCCUCUCACCGUCGGUGGCGAUCACUCCAUCGCCGUCGGCACGGUUGCUGGCGUGUUGUCCGUGUACCCGGACACCGGCGUAAUUUGGGUGGACGCCCACGCGGACAUCAACACUAUGUCCGGCACGGUCUCUGGCAACCUGCAUGGCUGCCCCUUGUCAAUCCUGCUGGGACUCGAUCGCGAGAAUAUCCCCGAGUGCUUCUCGUGGGUACCGCAGCUGCUGAAGCCGCACAAGAUUGCCUACAUUGGUCUGCGUGAUGUAGAGGAGGCGGAAAAGAAGAUCCUGCACGACCUGAACAUCGCCGCCUUCAGCAUGCACCAUGUGGACCGCUACGGUAUAGACAAGGUGGUGCGCAUGGCGAUCGAUGCUGUCUCACCGAAGGGCACAGAACCAGUGAUGGUGUCCUACGACGUCGACACGAUUGACCCCCUCUAUGUGCCGGCGACGGGCACCCCCGUGCGCGGCGGCCUCUCUUUACGCGAGGGGUUGUUCCUGUGCGAGCGUAUCGCCGAGUGCGGUCGUCUUGUCGCUCUGGACGUGGUCGAGUGCAACCCGCUCCUCGCCGCUACAGAGGCGCACGUGAAAGACACCAUCUCCUUUGGCUGCGCUAUUGCACGCUGCAUGAUGGGAGAGACACUUCUUUACACCCCGCGUAAGAAGGCCAAGCUGUAG